GCCCUCCGUUACAUUUCCAUCCGAUUUACAUGGUUAAGUCCACUGUUGUGCCACGUGUCAAUCUGUCUUCUUUUAAUUGACUUUUUCUCUCUCCUCACUAUCUCCCAAGUCCACCUUUUUCAUAAUUCUCGCUCUUUGUCACUCUCUUUCUCUCUGUCCCACAUUAACGACGUCGAAGGUGAUGACCCCAACGACGUCGUCGAGAGCGAAUCGGGAUCUGCAGCUCCAGUCGUCUAUAUCAUCCUCCCUCUCCGCUCUGAUCUCCAAUCUCCAGGACCACCACAACGGCAGCCACGCCGCCGCCGCCGCCAGCGCCGCCGAUAGCUCCGGCGCUGUCACCAUGGACUACCUCCUCAAGAACAUCUACUCCGACGACAGUCCCGCCACUGCCGACCCCUCGCUAUUCAACCACGGCGGGGUGUCGCUGCCGGGCGGGGGCGGCGCCGGAGUCGGGACGACGGUGGACGAGGUGUGGAAGGAGAUCGUGGCGGGGAGCGACCGGGCAAGCGGCAUGUUAGAGGAGGAGCUGACUCUAGAGGAUUUCCUGAUGAAGAACGGGGCUGUGAGGGAAGAGGACGUGAGGAUUGGUGGUGGUGGUGGUGGUGGGGGAGCAGGGGGUUACUGCGGGGACGCGGCGGGGGAUUUGAACGGGCAUUUGAUUCAGGUGGGGGGGACGGUGGGCGUGGGCGUGGGCGACGGCGUUAGUAACAACAAUGGCGGAAUUGUGGGGAGAUUGAUGGUCGGGAGAGGGAAGAGGAGGGCCGUGGAGGAGCCGGUGGAUAAGGCCACGCAGCAGAAGCAGAGGAGGAUGAUCAAGAACCAAGAAUUGCCGACGAGGUCCCGAGAACGCAAGCAGGUAAUUUCAUUUGGUCUUCUCUGUGUGUCAUGAGCUCUCUCUCUCUCCCCUACAACACCCAGAUCUGCCCUUGCUCGACAAGCUUCCACACCUUUUGGUCAUGGAGGAGGGAAUCCAGACCCCCAGCAUCGUCAUCGUCGGCAACCGGUCUUCCGACAAGUCGAGUGUCCUCGAGUCCUUCGCUAGCAUCAACCUGCCAUGAGGGCCUUGUACAGGGUGCGGACCACCAUACGAUUUGUGGACUCAUGGUCCUCCAGAUGCUGAAGAAGAAAAUGAAAAUUUUCUGCUAACCUUUGCUUUGGGUUCGAUGGAGAGAGAGAGAAGAUGGAGAGUUCCAACAGUCAAUGAUGUGGAACUUGGGCGAGGGUGGGGGGAGAGAAAAUGAAAAGGAAAAAAGCGAA